CCGCGCUGCUCGCUCGCCCUCCCCCGCGCGAUUAUCAUAUUCAUCAGCGGCACCCGGGGCUGCUGGCUGCGCGCGCGUGUCCGCGUGUGCGUGUGUGCGUGUGCGGGGCGCGUGUGUGUGUGCAUGUGCGUGUGCGUGUCGCCCUUUCUCUCGUUCCACCGGCAAAAAAAAAAAGAGAGGCUCAGUUUCGUCGCCUUUGCACCGAGGGGCAAAAUUGCAGUGACUUUAUUAGCUGAGUAGUUUUAAUUCCCCGGUAGAUAAAGCGGUAAGGAUUUGUGAGCGGUAAGGAGCCCGAUGGAGCGCUCACCGUAGCCUGCCCAGGGCUGAAGAGGUCCCAGGAUUCUUGAGCUGAGCCCAGCUGACAAGCUUUUGAAGAUGGCACAAUAACAGUCCAGUGAUGCCUGACCAUGACAGCACAGCCCUCUUAAGCAGGCAAACCAAGAGAAGAAGAGUUGACAUUGGAGUGAAAAGGACGGUAGGGACAGCAUCUGCAUUUUUUGCAAAGGCAAGAGCAACGUUUUUUAGUGCCAUGAAUCCCCAAGGUUCAGAGCAGGAUGUCGAGUAUUCAGUAGUGCAGCAUGCAGAUGGGGAAAAGUCAAAUGUACUCCGCAAGCUGCUGAAGAGGGCGAACUCAUAUGAAGAUGCCAUGAUGCCUUUUCCAGGAGCAACCAUAAUUUCCCAGCUGUUGAAAAAUAACAUGAACAAAAAUGGUGGCACGGAGCCCAGUUUCCAAGCCAGCGGUCUCUCUAGUACAGGCUCAGAAGUACAUCAGGAGGAUGUAUGCAGCAACUCUUCAAGAGACAGCCCCCAAGAGUGUCUUUCCCCUUUUGGCAGGCCAACUAUGAGCCAGUUUGAUGUGGAUCGGUUAUGCGACGAGCACCUGAGAGCUAAACGCGCCCGGGUUGAGAAUAUAAUUCGAGGUAUGAGCCAUUCCCCCAGCGUGGCAUUAAGGGGCAAUGAAAAUGAAAGAGAAAUAGCUCCGCAGUCCGUCAGUCCCCGAGAAAGUUACAGAGAAAACAAACGCAAGCAAAAGCUGCCGCAGCAGCAGCAGCAGAGUUUCCAGCAGCUGGUUUCGGCGAGGAAGGAGCAGAAGCGAGAGGAGCGCAGACAGCUGAAGCAGCAGCUGGAGGACAUGCAGAAGCAGCUGCGCCAGCUGCAGGAGAAGUUCUACCAGAUCUACGACAGCACCGACUCUGAAAAUGAUGAAGAUGGCAACCUGUCUGAAGACAGCAUGCGCUCGGAAACCAUGGACGCGAGAGCCGGCGACUCUGUCGGCAGGUCAGACAAUGAGAUGUGCGAGCUGGACCCGGGGCAGUUCAUCGACCGGGCACGGGCCCUCAUCCGGGAGCAGGAGGUAGCGGAGAACAAGCCAAAAAGAGAAGGUCCUAAGGAGAAGGAGCAAGGGCCAAACGCCUUCCACCCUGAAGGCAAACACUUGGCUGAGACCCUCAAGCAGGAGCUGAACACUGCCAUGUCACAAGUCGUGGACACAGUGGUCAAAGUUUUCUCAUCCAAGCCCUCCCGCCAGCUUCCUCAGGUCUUCCCGCCCCUCCAGAUCCCGCAGGCAAGGUUCGCCGUCAACGGGGAGAACCACAACUUCCACACAGCCAACCAGCGCCUGCAGUGCUUCGGGGACGUCAUCAUUCCCAACCCCCUGGACACCUUCGGCAGCGUCCCCAUGCCCGGCGCCACCGACCAAACCGAGGCACUGCCCCUCGUCGUCCGCAAAAACUCCUCUGACCAAUCGGCCUCGGCCCCGCCGGCCGGUGGCCACCACGCCUCCCUGCACCAGUCCCCGCUCUCGGCCACCGCCGGCUUCUCCACCUCCUCCUUCCGCCACCCCUUCCCGCUGCCCCUCAUGGCCUACCCCUUCCAGAGCCCCCUGGGCGCCCCGUCGGCCUCCUUCCCGGGGAAAGAGCGCGCCUCCCCCGAAUCCCUCGACCUGACCCGGGAGACCACCAGCCUGAGGACCAAGAUGUCAUCGCACCACAUGAACCACCACCCCUGCUCGCCGGCCCACCCCCCCAGCGCUGCCGAGGGCCUCUCCUUGUCCCUCAUUAAGUCCGAGUGUGGCGACCUGCAAGACAUGUCUGAAAUCUCGCCCUACUCGGGAAGUGCAAUGCAGGAAGGCUUGUCACCGAAUCACUUGAAAAAGGCCAAGCUCAUGUUCUUUUACACCCGGUACCCAAGUUCCAAUAUGCUGAAAACCUACUUCUCAGAUGUAAAGUUCAACAGAUGCAUUACCUCUCAGCUCAUCAAGUGGUUUAGCAAUUUCCGUGAGUUUUACUACAUUCAGAUGGAGAAGUAUGCACGGCAAGCCAUCAACGACGGGGUCACGAGCACUGAGGAGCUGUCUAUAACCAGAGACUGUGAGCUGUACAGGGCCCUGAACAUGCACUACAAUAAAGCAAAUGAUUUUGAGCAGGUUCCAGAGAGAUUCCUGGAAGUGGCUCAGAUCACGUUACGGGAGUUUUUCAAUGCCAUUAUCGCAGGCAAAGAUGUUGAUCCUUCCUGGAAGAAGGCCAUAUACAAGGUCAUCUGUAAGCUGGACAGUGAGGUCCCUGAGAUUUUCAAAUCCCCAAACUGCCUACAAGAGCUUCUUCAUGAGUAGAGAGUUCAGCAGCUAUUUAUGAAUGUAUGAAAGUAGCAGUCCCCUUCUGAUGCCCAAGUCAUGUGUGUCUCUAUUUUAAUUUCAUAUAUAUGUGUAUGGCAUACAUAUAUAUAUGUAUAUGAAAUUAGACUGAUCCCUCCUGGAUAUAAGUUUUCGUUCAGUUCCAAGGGGAUGGUUAUUUUACUUCAGCCUUUGGUUUACUUUUGCCCGAGACCCUUAACAUUUGAAGAAUCAACGGGGUUAAUUUUCAGGGAGAAGAGUUUGGAAGCGUGUAAAAGCCUGUCUUAGCAAGUUAGGGCAUUAUGUUUAAAAAUGCUUUGUCAGAUUUAUUGCUUGCUGCAAAGUGGCAUUUUGUCUUGGUGAGACUAAUGUCAUGGCACAAUACUACAGACAAUGGAGUUUAUAUUAUGUUUAUACUGCUAAAGGUCUGAACUCUGUGGAGCCAUUUCAUAAGCUUCGAGCUUUUUUAUUUGUAUUUAUAUACUUUUUAAACAAUAACUAGAUUUUGUUUCAUACUUCAGAAAAAUACAUCUGUUUUAGGUACUCACUCCAAGAAGUGACACCCAAAAAAGCAAACCCUAUGCUUCAUGUGUUCCUUACAGAAAUGACAGAUACCCUGCACCAGUAACCAACAUGCCAGGUUCUUGUUUCUCUAAAUUGCAGCAAGGGAUGUUUGCACAAAUCAAAUACUGUUCUUGCAGGGUUAGGCCAGUAAUUCAUGCACAAUGUUGUAUCAGCCACACUAAUUCUGGAAUAUGGUCAGCUUACUAAAGCGGAAGCAUUUCACUCUCCAUAGAGUAAAAAUGAAACCUUCAGCAUCGUAUAUUGCCAUGUCUCAGUCUUACUUUAAGUGGCAUUAGUCCCUAAAUUUAUUAUUUUCUUAGUCCAUUCUGCCCCCCAAGAUUCCCUUUCCAGCAUACAAACUUUCCUGUCCAUAUUUGACAUCUGCCCUGAAAAGCACUUUUUGAAUCAUCUUAGUGGAAGAGUCUUCACCUCACAGUGCUGAGGCAAAGGAAAAAAAAAAAAAAGGCUUGUUUGUAGCUAUAAAAUAUAAUUUGUGUUUUCCUAAUCAGAAGAAUAAAAAUUUCAUUUUCAUAAAAUUCUAAUUGAGCAUUAUACAAAAAUCACACUGUCCUCCUGGCUAUGCAGGGUUAAGAUAGCCAAAUUCAAUUUUUAAAAUUACAGUAAGUGCAGCUUUAAAAAAAAAUAAAGAAAGAAAAAUCUAUUUGAGCAAAGUGGCUGCACUUGUCUUCUGAAGCUGGAGCUAGUGGUGACCAAAACCUGAGCUACAGUGUAAAGUCCCUGACAGAUCUGGGUUUGCCUGAAUGCUACACCACGAAUUGACAGACAGAAAGAAAGAAAGCUAGCUGCUAGUUCUCAUGCUUUCUUCAGUGGCUCUCCUUUUCUCAUGUUUUCAGAAAGAAAUCAUCUCCAGAAGUUUGGGGGAAGGUUGAAUAUGCUAUGGCACACUGUAUUUGUCAUUUUCUUUGUCGUCUUUUGUACGGAUGCAGUAAGAAUUUAUUGUUAUCAUCAAUAGUAUUUUCCCCUACAUAAUUCAAUCUAAAUCUAGAGGAAGUUCCUAAUUAGUCCUGAAUUAUAUUUAUGCCAUUGAGGAUAUUGGUAUCUUCUUUAUUUUAAAAUUACAUUUUGACUUUGGAGAGUGAAAGUUUACCCAUGUGACUAAAGAGCUGACCUGAUCAUUGCAAUUUCACUUCAUUUACAAAUACUGCUGAUAGACAGAAAUGUAUGAAAGCAAUUAUUGUUAGCAGAAAGCCUUAAAAACCUGCUGACUUCAAAUUAAACAGCACAAUCCUCCGAUUCCCUGUCAUUCUUUUCAAGCACUGGCAGUAUCUGUGGAGUAUAGGCAAUGCAGACAAUAGCAUGGGAUGAAGUGCCAACAUUUUCACUAUGCAUUAAAAGCAAAACAAAUCUUGAUCUUAGACUCCCUGAGAGUACCUAAUACUGUACGUAUCCUUACAGUAGACAGGAUUUUUUUUUCUUUCUUUUAUUUUCUUACAUUUUAUUUCAUUUUAUUUUGAUUUCUUAAUUUUAUUUUUCCUUUUUGUUUUUCUGUGUGUGUGCAUGAUUUGGUAAACAUUACACUUCAUAAAGAUGUAACUCCAAUGAAUUCUGAGUAAGAAAGGAUGAAAAUUGUGUUCAUGCACUUUUUUGAUUUAUGGGAAGAAGUGGCAUAAAAUGCUCAAGUUUUAAUACACUAAGUUCAUCAUUGGCAUACCAUCAGAUGCAAAAUAUUACUUUGCAUUGUCACCUUGGACAUAAGAAAGCAAAGCCAUACUUUAUUCAUACUAUGUGGACAUACUACUAGCUACCAUCUCAACCUGUGAUUUUAC